CAGUAUUUUGUUAUCGGAAACACAGGCGCUUGGGAUUUUCAUACGCCAAAACGCGUUAGUCAUUUGAUAGUGAAAAAAUUAAUUAACAAAAUAAUUUAAAGUGAUUUGGGUCAGAUCUGAAUUAAGUUAUGGCCACGAAAACAAGUACCAUUGAGCGCAACGGCCACUCGGCCAAAACCUCCACAUUGCGGGAAGUUUGCGCGCGCGCCAUCACAAAAUCGGAGUGGGAGGACAAGGAGGAGUUCCUUGACGUCAUAUACUGGUCGCGCCAGGUGUUUGGCAUCUUUCUGGGCGUCAUCUGGGGCAUUGUUCCGCUAAAGGGCUUUCUGGGCCUCGUACUAUUCGCCGGCAUCAGUUGCGGGAUUGUCUAUCUGUACGCCAUCAACUUUCAAAACGUUGACGAGGACGCCUACGGAGGAGUUUGGGAGCUGAUUAAGGAAGGGUUCAUGACGUCGUUCGCCGGAUUUCUGGUCACGUGGAUCAUCUUCUACACCGGCUUGCACUACGACGACAUAAUGGCGGCGAAAGGAUCUUAAUAACAGUCCCCAGCAAUACUAGAAUCCAGGAGCCAGGUCCACGCCACGCCACUUUCUCCACAUAACACAGUAGC